ACCAAUUACCCCACGCGCAUACCACUUCCCAGAGACAAUGGGCAUGAUGGGUUCCACUCAGCAAUUCACAAUCAAAGAUGAGCCCGUGGAGAACCAGCGGCCGAUGAAGGUCAGGGUCAUCGGCUGUGGCUAUUCCGGCAUCUAUCUGGGCAUCCGCAUACCACAGCGUCUGCGUAACGUCGACCUUCAGAUCUAUGACAAGAACGAGGGCAUCGGAGGGACGUGGUGGGAGAACAGAUAUCCUGGGUGCGCUUGCGAUAUCCCGUCUCAUAGCUACCAGUACUCAUUUGAGGGGAAUCCAAACUGGUCGUCUCUCUACGCUCCGGCGAAGGAGAUCUGUGCGUAUUUGCACGGCGUUGCGGAGAAGUAUGGGGUUCUAAGAUAUGUCAAGACCUCGCACAAGGUCACGAGCUGUAAAUGGGACGAUGAAAAGAAGAAAUGGCUCCUCACAGUCGAAAAGACUCAGACAGGAGAGGUCUUUGAAGAUGAUGCAGAUGUGCUGAUCUCGGCACGUGGCAACCUGAAUAACAUUGCAUGGCCAGAGAUACCUGGCUUUGAUACAUUCAAGGGGGAAGUCAUGCACUCAGCGGCUUGGAAUCAGGAAUAUGACUUCAGGAAUAAGAAGGUCGGCGUCAUUGGAGGCGGUUCAAGCUCGAUUCAGAUUGUACCAAACCUCCAAAAGCUCGAGGGCAUCCAGAUGACUUGCUUUGUAAGAAGCAAGACGUGGAUUGCAAGCCCCUUUGGUGAUCAUUCAAUGAUCAAGCUGGGAAUGGAUCCUGCAGUUCACACUUUCUCAGAAGAAACACGCCGGGAGCUUUCGUCUGAUCCUGAAAAGUACCACAAGUUCCGCAAGACCAUCGAAAUAGAUGGCAAUACCAUCCACGCAGCAACAAUCAAAGGAUCAGAUAUGCAGAAAGCGGCUGUUCAAGCAUACUCGGAAAUGAUGAAAGCACGCCUAGCCAAGAAGCCCGAGAUUAUCGAAGCCAUGAUCCCCUCCUUCGGAGUGGGGUGCAGACGUCUCACCCCAGGUCCUGGCUAUCUCGAGGCUCUCGUCGAAGACAACGUCGAGUUCGUCUCCGACAAGAUCGCCUCGAUCAACCCCAAAGGGGUCGUCCUCGAGAAUGGGAGGACAGUCGAGAUCGAUGCGUUGGUCUGCGCCACCGGCUUCCACGCCUCAUCCGCGCCGCCCUUCCCCAUCGAGGGCAAGAACGGCACGACGAUCCAGAAGCGCUUCUCGCCCAGUCCCGAGACGUACCUCGCGAUGACCAUCGAUGACUUCCCCAACUUCUUCAUGAUGCUAGGGCCGAACGCGGCCAUCGGCACGGGCUCCCUGACCAUGAUGAUCGAGACGCAGGGCGACUACAUCAUCAAAUGCAUCCGCAAGCUGCAGAAGGAGGACUACGUCACGAUGAUGCCCAAGGCGGCGCGGGUGCACGACUUCACCGAGUACUGCCUGGAGUACUUCAAGAAGACCGUCUACCUGGACCAGUGCAACUCGUGGUACCGCAGCGAGGGCGGCAAGGGCGACCGCGUGACGGGGCUGUGGCCGGGAAGCACGAUGCACUUCCUGGAGUCGCUGCGGGCGCCGCGCUGGGAGGACUUUGAGUACGAGUCCAAGUCGGAGAACCGCCUGCGCUGGCUGGGCAAUGGCUGGAGCGUGACGCAGCUCGAGGGCGGCGGGGACCCGGCCUGGUAUCUGGAGCCGAGUAUGAUGGACGUACCGGUGCCGGGCCGGCCGGAGGAGCAUCCAGAGUUUAAAUUGAGGCCGUUCUCUCAUUGA